CUCCAUCUGCAAGGACGUUGGUGUUGAGAAUACAACUAUCAUGUCUUCCAGUGCUUUGACAAAACCUGAGAUGUGUGGCCUCUUGGCCAAGCAUCUGCAAUUUCAUCUUUUUGGAGCUAUGCUUGUAUCCCUGGGGGUUGUAGCUUCCUGUAAGUUUGGUCUGGCUGAAAAAAGAAAGAAGGCAUAUGCAGAUUUCUGCAGAAAUUAUGAUUCCAGGAAAGACUUUGAGGAGAUGAAGAAGGCUGGUAUCUUUCAGAGUGCAAAGUGAUCUUGGAAUGUAAAGAAUUUCUUUGGGGUGAAUUCCAUGGAAAGUUGUCACUGACCUGUGUUCCUGAACUAUGAAACAUGAAUAUUUGAGCUAAGAAAAAGAAGUUUAUUUUGAUAAAUAAACAAUUAA